GUACCGGUGCUAAGCUUGCAAAUGCUCGAUUGCCAACGGCAGUUAAAUAUCCAAUUAUUGCUGACGGAAACUCCGCACGGAGGUUAGGCGAAGGUGCUCAAACACAUCUCGAUUUAUUCCUUUGUAGCAGCGAUAGUUGUGUCGCAUGUCUGUUUCUCCGCCACACAGUGCUAAUUGUAGAGCUUGGUAAAGUAGCACAAUUAGAUUGUGAGUUCGUCAGCGUACCGUGUGUGUGCCUCAGUAUUUUCUAAAGUAAACCAAAGAUAGAUUGUAUAGGAAACAGUUCUAAUAAUCAAGAUGAGUGGAGAACCAGACAAGGCAGCAAAAAAACAGAGAACAUGUCUUCAAGUAGCGACAAAUGUCACCGAGCAGAAGCAUAAUGUAUCGCGCGAAAUACGAGGUCAAAACCUUGGCCUCUGUCGGGGGUUCCGCGGAUGUACGGUGUGGCUGACAGGUCUGAGUGGCGCCGGCAAGACUUCGAUCGCGUUCGAGCUGGAGGCCUACCUGGUGUCGAAAGGGAUUCCUUCUUACGGUCUCGAUGGUGACAAUAUACGCACUGGUCUUAACAAGAACCUCGGCUUCUCGCAGGUGGAUCGCGAGGAAAAUAUUCGACGCGUGGCGGAAGUUGCCAAGCUGUUCGCCGACAGUGGCGUGGUAGCGAUCUGCAGCUUUGUGUCCCCAUUUGCCGAGGAUCGCGAGAUGGCCCGUAAGAUCCACAAGGAUGCUGAUCUGAAGUUCUUUGAAAUCUACAUCGAUACGCCGUUGGAGGUUUGCGAAACGCGUGACACGAAGGGACUGUACAAGAAGGCCCGCCAGGGAAUGAUUCAGGGCUUCACAGGAGUGACGCAGGCGUACGAGGCUCCAGAGUCGCCCGAUUUGCGCGUUAGCACGGAAGGACUGUCGAUUCGUGAAUCGACGCUCAAGCUGAUUACGCUGCUGGAGGACGAAAUGAUCAUUCCAAAGUUCCUUAAAGAGGACGAGGCCCUGCCGGAGCUUUUCGUGUCGGAAGCACUGAAAGCGGCUCUGGAGGCGGAGGUAAAAACGUUGCCGGCCAUACCGAUCACAACGGUAGAGUUGCAGUGGCUGCAGGUUCUAGCCGAAGGUUGGGCCUCCCCAUUGCGGGGCUUCAUGCGCGAGCAAGAGUAUCUGCAAUCGCUCCACUUCAACUGUCUGCAGAACGACGACGAUGCACCGCGUGUCAAUCAAUCGGUCCCGAUAGUGCUGUCAGUUAGUGCGUCCGAUAAGGAGCGUCUGGAAGGAGUCAGUAGCCUUACGCUGCAGUAUGAGGGGCGCCCAGUGGCGGUGUUGCGGAAGCCGGAGUUUUACGCCCAACGAAAGGAAGAACGCUGCGCCCGGCAGUUUGGUACAACGAACCGCGAUCAUCCGUACAUUAAGAUGAUCUACGAAUCCGGCGAUUAUCUCGUCGGUGGCGAGAUCGAGGUGCUGGAACGUAUCCAAUGGAACGACGGUCUGGACAGCUACCGUCUGACGCCGAACGAGCUGCGUCAAAAGUUCCGCGAGAUAAAGGCGGACGCCGUUUUCGCAUUCCAGUUGCGUAAUCCCAUCCAUAACGGGCACGCUUUGCUGAUGAGCGAUUGCCGGCGGCAGCUGUUAGAACGUGGCUUCAAGAAUCCGGUACUAUUGUUGCAUCCGCUUGGUGGCUGGACGAAGGACGAUGAUGUACCGCUGCCAGUGCGCAUGGCACAGCAUCAGGCCGUGCUGGAUUCGGGUGUGCUGGACAGGAAGCAUACCGUGUUAGCAAUUUUUCCUUCUCCCAUGAUGUAUGCAGGACCGACGGAAGUGCAAUGGCAUGCAAAGGCUCGUAUGAAUGCCGGAGCGAAUCAUUAUAUUGUGGGACGCGAUCCUGCCGGAAUGCCGCAUCCUGAUAAGAUGGUCUAUCCCGAUGGAAACCUGUACGACGGAACACAUGGAGCGCGAGUUCUUAAGAUGGCUCCAGGAUUGGAUAGCAUUGAGAUUCUUCCCUUCCGCGUGGCAGCUUACGACAAAUCGGUCUCGAAAAUGGCCUUUUUCGAUCCAAGCCGAAAGGAGGAGUUUGAUUUCAUUUCCGGUACGCGAAUGCGAACGCUCGCACGCAACGGUGAGAACCCACCCGAUGGUUUCAUGGAGCCAAAGGCUUGGCAAAUACUGUCGGAGUACUACCAGUCGCUGCAGAGCACGAAGUAGUGCGAAUGAGGCUAUCGUUGGAAAACGGAUUUCCUUUAAUUUUGUUACACAAGCAUAGAUUUGAUUCAUUUUGGACAUCGAAACAGAUUCUCUAGAAUAUGGCAUUUCUUGGUUGCUUUAAUUGUUGCCUUUUAUGUUAAAGAACAAUCUCUAUCUGUAACAUUCGAUCACAUUUUAUGAUGUUGUAAAUGCACCGGGUAAAUAAAGCGCCGAACUGGGUACUUUUCCGCGACUUUCUCAGCUGAACGUUAUAAACAACACAAGAACACGUUAACCUUAUUUC